GAACUUCCCUAGGUCCAUUCUGUCUCCCUCCCAGAACAGGUGCCCAUCACCCCCAGGGAAAGGCGAGCUGCAGCUGGAUGUGGUUGAGCAGAGCUGCCCGUUUCUGGAUGCUGGAGGCCCAGGGUCCAUCCCAGCACCACCAAUGAAACACAGAACAAAAGGAGCGCCAAGGCCAAGCCCAGGGCCGCUCGCACUACCAGCCAAACACCAAGUGCAGUGCCAAUGAAGCCGCCCUACACCUGCUCCUCCCAGAGCUGCGAGCGCCUGAUGCCCAGCCCUUUCCUCAUCUGUGCGAUGGGACCCUUGCUCACUGGGGAGGAUUCCGUGACCCUGGCUCCUACUGUGCUCCUGGGGUUGACGGAAGCUUUCGCUGAGAAAACAGAGCACCAGGACCAGUCCAAGCCCAAGCCACUUGGGGCGGCUGGAGCAGACCCACCUGGGCCAACCCUGCAAUCUCGCAGGGCAGGUGACCUCCACUGUUGAUCCCACCCAGAGGACAGGAGCAUUUUUAGUUCCCCAGGAAUGUCCAUCAGCCCACACAGAAGCCAGCUGCCUCUGAAUCGAGGUCACUGGAUUAAAACAAACACCAGGUUUGCUAUAUAAGGACCAGAGGGACCCUGGGCACACCUCACCAGGAAUCCAGGGCCACCUGUCCCAGCCAGCUGAGGCCAUGCUCUCUGCGGGGACCAUCUGCAGCCUGCUGCUCCUCAGUGUGCUCUGGGUGGACGUGGCCAUGGCGGGCUCCAGCUUCCUGAGCCCUGAACAUCAGAAAGCCCAGAAGUAUACAGGGGCAGGGGCUUGGGACUCAACAGAACUCCCUCCUCUCCAGCAAAGAAAGGAGUCUAAGAAGCCACCAGCCAAGCUGCAGCCCAGAGCUAUCGAAGGCUGGCUCCACCCAGAGGACAGAGACCAGGCAGACGGGGCAGAGGAGGAGCUGGAGAUCCGGCUCAACGCGCCCUUUGACGUGGGACUCAAGCUGUCCGGGGCUCAGUACCAGCAGCACAGCCGGGCCCUGGGGAAGUUUCUUCAGGACAUCCUUUGGGAAGAGGCCAAAGAGGCCCCCGCUGACCAGUGACCACUGCAGGAUUGGCCUGCUCUUCCCUUUCCUCCCAAUCUGGCGUUUGGAUUGCUUCUGCAACGCCCCCCGGUGCCCCUCGCUAGCUUGAGUGAAUAAAUGUCAAAACGUAA